GCAGAUUGCCAAACUGGUGCAGCACAAGUUCUUACCCGAACGGCGGGGCCCAGACCAUGUCGCUGACCAACACAAAGACGGGCUUUUCGGUCAAGGAUAUCUUGGAUCUCCCGGACACCAACGACGAGGAGGGGUCGGCGGCCGAGGGGGCGGAGGAGGAGAACGAAGGGUCGGAGGCCCCCAGGAGACCCGGCGGGCUAGGGCCCGGCGCCCUGGAGGCAAUACAGACUCUGCCCCUGAAAGCCCCCUUCUACGACCACAGCGACAACCCAUACACGCGCUGGCUGGCCAGCACCGAGAGCAUCCAGUACUCUUUGCACGGGCUGGCGGCCGGGGCGCCCCCGCAGGACGCGGCCCCCAAGUCCCCGGAGCCGUCGGCGGACGAGUCGCCGGACAACGACAAGGAGGCUCCGGGCGGCGGCGGAGGAGGUGGAGGAGGCGGCGGCGGCGGUGGAGGAGGAGGAGGAGGAGGAGGAGGAGACGCGGCCAAGAAGCGCAAGCGACGGGUCCUGUUCUCCAAGGCGCAGACGUACGAGCUGGAGCGGCGCUUCCGACAGCAGCGGUACCUGUCGGCGCCCGAGCGCGAACACCUGGCCAGCCUCAUCCGCCUGACGCCCACCCAGGUCAAGAUCUGGUUCCAGAACCACCGCUACAAGAUGAAGCGGGCGCGGGCCGAGAAGGGCAUGGAGGUCACGCCCCUGCCCUCGCCCCGCCGGGUGGCCGUGCCCGUGCUGGUCAGGGACGGCAAGCCGUGCCACGCGCUCAAAGCUCAGGACCUGGCGGCCGCCGCCUUCCCCGCCGGCCUGCCCUUCCCCGCCUAUAGCGCGCAGUCGCUCCCCCAUAUGCAGUACAAUGCGCAGUACGGCUCGGCCGCCGGUGGCCCGCAGUUCCCCUCGGCGCACCCCCUGGUGCAAGCCCAACAGUGGACUUGGUGAGCCGGGGAGGGGCCGGGGGCCAGCUGGGGGCGGCCAGGCUGGCUCUCCUGGAGGACACGAGGGGGGUGAUUAG